GCUAGGAUCCUCUGGAGUCCUAGACCGGACUCCAGAGACCAGUUCAGCUCAAUUUGCAACGAGUGCGCAGGCUUCUUGAACUGGUUUCGCUUGGGAAUGGGGGGCCAUUUCUGAUGGCCGCAAAUGAUCUCUUCAAACUUUGAAGGCCUGCUUUUGCUUCAAGUCAAGCCUUCCGGCCUUGUGCCAACAUAAAUAGAAUAUGAAGCAAACAGAAUGAGAUGCGCAGGUGGUAUAAACUGGUGAAACGAUUCCGCUCUUUGGACAAGGAAGGGAGUCUACUUUCGAAAAGGAGCAUUCGCUUUGUAUCAAUGGCGUCAUCUCUUGCAAAGAUCGGUCAGUCCCAAACCGCGGCCAUGCUUUCCAGCACCAUCAAUCUAUCUGGACCAGAGCGAAACCAGAUCACGGGCCACACCAGAUUGCCUGCCAUUGAAAGCAACCUCAGCACCAAUGCUGUUCACCCAGGCCCCCGAAGUCUGCACCCCUCAUUGCGGAAGCCCCUAUCGAGGAUGAUGUCAAGCCUCAACCGCAGGCGCUCUAGCCAGGUCCAGCAGAAUGGAGGUAUUGAGUGCGUCUGUUCAGGGUAUCUUCAAAGGGGUGGUCCCUUGCCGCAGUCCCACAUGUUGGCUCCUUCGGUUGGGGCAGGGAGACAGUUUCUGAGUCAGGAAUCUGGCUUUGAACAGCUGAGGGCAUGCACAGCAGCGAGGCUGCGGAUUGCAAAACAAAAAGCUUGGGGGUCCGGGCGGGGAGUCAGGUGGGGAGGCUCCAUUCAAGCAUCAGCCGCAGGGUCGAGUCCAAAAGAAGAGGAGAGCGAAGACCUGGGCGACUGGCCAUGGCUUCAAAGAAGCAGAGAGGUGACACACAACGGAGCAGGCAGUCAGGUCGUCAAUCUGUUGCGAUCGGGGGUGUCAAUACACCCCACAGCCGUGGUCCAUGAUGAUGCGGUACUUGCGGAGGGCGUCAGGAUUGGCCCACUCUGCACGGUGGGGCCUGGCGCAGUCCUAGGGGAAGGUUGCGUCAUGCAUCCCGGAAGUCAAGUUGCCGGAAAUACAGUCCUGGGAAAGCGGAACACUUUGCACAGCGGUGCCAUUGUGGGGGCAGAUCUUCCAGGGACGACCAUCAUUGGGGAUGACAACAGCUUUGGCUACCACUCCGUCGUCGGCGUCCUGUGUCAAGACCUGAAGUACAAGGGCGAUGACUGCUACCUCGUAGUGGGAAACAAGAAUGACGUCCGAGAGCAUUCAAGCAUUCACAGAUCGUCAAGACCGGAUCUCAAAACCAUUUUGGGCGACAACAACCUGAUCAUGGGCUCGUGCCACGUGGCACACGACUGCAUCAUCGGCAACCACAACAUCAUAGCCAACGGCACGCUGCUGGCUGGCCAUAUCGUUAUCCAGGACCACGUCCAUACGGGCGGAGCUACCGCCGUGCACCAGUUCUGCCACUUGGGGUCCUACGCAUUCCUUGCCGGGGGGGCUAUGGUUGACCGCGACGUGCCGACCUUUACCAUUGUGCAUGGCGAUCGCGCCGAGAUGCGGGGCCUCAACUUCGAAGGCCUCAGGCGGGCUGGAUUCAAGACAAGCAAGGUGGACGCUUUGCGGAAGACGUACGAGAAGCUGUUUUUAAGCAAUGACCCCCCCGGCCUUGAAGACCGACUGGCUAUCGUGGAAGCCAACGAGACCCUCGCAAGCGACGAACUUGCCAGACAGCUGAUUCUCUUCAUAAAGGAGUCGACCAGCAGCACAUCAAAGAGAAGGGGCAUAUGCAAGUUCCGGCACUGGACGGAUAGAUAGGGCGCGCCCGAUGUUGCAACAGAUAGCACGCAGAGAGCGCAUGUUCGCGGAUGAACCCAAGACAGUUCUAGCUGCUCGUCAAAUAGUAAAACAGACCUCCGAAGGAAGACACGAGGAGGUUGACGAUUCGCCCAUUGCUAUUGGUGGCAUUGCCUGCUUCGGGCGUAAUGAGUGCAUGCCCAUGAAGCGGGAUGAUCCGAACGUUGAUGAAAGUUUCCCUGUACAGUUGAGGUAACGUGAGCGUACAACCCAUCAAGGGUUUACCAACCAACACAGGGGAACACACCAGCCGUGCUCGCGUUCCACACUCGAAAGCAGAGCUUGAUGGCUUUAAGUCACACUGUAGUACGUUCUACUUAGUCUCCUAAAUAAGUUCCAACAGUCGAUUGUUGUCAUCGAUGUCAAGCUGCAUCGGCAUUGAAUACGGCACACCUGUAGCUUAUAAUUUUCCAAGCGCAAAGUCGAUCUUGAAACACAGAAUGACAGUGGACGUGAGCGGCAGCCCACCAACUUUUCAAGGACUACAACCAUGCAAAGCAAAAGCUUGGACCAGCUUCAGUGACUAAACAUUCCAAGCUGACGUUUGAUUGCCUUGUAGCUUGUAAUCAGGGAGUCAUCCUCACAAAUACGUACUAAUUACAAGCACAAACCGUUAAGCUUUUAUAAUACCAUGCC